GGCGACAGCAGAAGUUGGAGCAGCGAGCGGCGGCGGCGGCAGUAGAAGCAGUAGCAACCACAACCACAGCAGCUGGAGGACCCACGACGCAGGAGACGACAACGACGGCGGCGGAGAGAGGGGCCUGGAGCCGACCCUGACUCCCUCGUCUCUCCCGUCCCGGGAGGUAGAGCGCCCGAGCCCAGGCCCCCCCUCUCAGCCAUGAACCUGGCCAGUCAGAGCGGGGAGGCCGGCUCCAGCCAGCUGCUCUUCGCCAACUUCAACCAGGACAACACAUCCUUAGCUGUUGGGAGUAAAUCUGGUUACAAAUUCUUCUCCCUUUCUUCUGUGGAUAAGCUGGAACAGAUUUAUGAAUGUACUGAUACAGAAGACGUGUGUAUUGUGGAAAGAUUGUUUUCAAGUAGCCUGGUGGCCAUUGUUAGCCUCAAAGCUCCACGAAAACUAAAAGUCUGCCAUUUUAAGAAGGGGACUGAAAUAUGCAAUUAUAGCUAUUCCAAUACAAUAUUGGCAGUCAAAUUGAAUAGACAGAGGUUGAUAGUAUGCCUAGAAGAAUGUCUAUACAUACACAAUAUUCGUGAUAUGAAGGUACUGCAUACAAUCAGGGAAACUCCCCCAAACCCUGCAGGUUUGUGUGCACUGUCAAUAAACAAUGACAACUGUUACUUGGCUUAUCCUGGGAGUGCAACUAUUGGAGAAGUACAAGUCUUUGACACCAUUAAUUUGAGGGCUGCUAAUAUGAUACCAGCUCAUGAUAGUCCCCUAGCAGCUUUGGCUUUUGAUGCAAGUGGUACCAAACUUGCCACAGCUUCUGAGAAGGGAACUGUUAUUAGAGUAUUUUCCAUUCCAGAAGGACAGAAAAUCUUUGAGUUCCGGAGAGGAGUAAAGAGGUGUGUAAGCAUCUGCUCUUUGGCCUUCAGCAUGGAUGGAAUGUUCCUCUCUGCUUCCAGUAACACUGAAACAGUGCACAUCUUCAAACUUGAGACUGUGAAAGAGAAACCUCAGGAGGAACCCACUACCUGGACUGGUUACUUUGGGAAAGUUCUUAUGGCCUCUACUAGCUAUUUGCCCUCCCAAGUAACGGAAAUGUUUAACCAGGGAAGAGCAUUUGCUACUGUCAGACUACCAUUCUGCGGUCACAAAAAUAUCUGUUCACUUGCCACAAUUCAGAAGAUUCCCCGAUUAUUAGUAGGAGCUUCUGAUGGUUACUUAUAUAUGUACAACCUGGAUCCUCAGGAAGGAGGGGAAUGCACCCUGAUGAAACAACACAAGUUGGAUGGCAGUAUGGAGCCAGCCAAUGAAAUCUUAGAAUCUGCAUCCCAUGACCGUCCACUAGUAGCUCAGACCUACAGUGCUGCUGUGACAAGAGGUGCUUAUGUACCUUCCUCACCUACAAGACAUGCAUACACAGAGGAUCUGGGUGCAGUGGGUGGUGCUUGUCUGGAAGAUGAAACCAAUGCACUACGAUUGGAUGAAGACAGUGAGCAUCCUCCCAUGAUUCUUCGGACUGACUGAAGUUUAACCUGUGAACUCUAACCCCUUGAAGCAGAGAACACUGGCUUGAUACUUCUUUGAGGACUCUGUGUUAAGCUGCUAUGAACUUUGAAAUGAUUUGGGGAAACAGGAUGGCAGAGACAUUAAGUUGUAGCCGUAGACUAAUUCUAUACUAUUGAGAAAAUAUAUUGUUUUCACUUCUGUGGCUUUUAAUCCUAUCUAUUUUAGCUUUCUUGGUUGUUCCUCUUCUCCCCUUCUCCCCCACGCAUUUGUUUGCCAAAAUCAGCUGUUUGGUAAAGCCCUUAGACCCUUUUCGCUUUGCAUGCAUUCAUGUGCCAAGCUAGUAUAGGAGAAAGAGAAGCCACUUUAUAACAAACUAAAGUUUGUAUUUCUUUUUAUACAUGUAUAUAAUAGUAAGUAUAUAUAAAGAAAGUGAAGACAUGAUUCUUAAUGCUGAGGUUAGUUCUGCACUGACAGAGGUCCAGAAAGUUUCUUAUGCAUGGGCUUGUCGGUGUGCUUUAGUGACUGACGUGUGACCUUUUAAGAGAUACCCUCUUUCUUCAGAUUCCCCACCCCUGGACCAUUUUUUAAAAAAAAAAAUUUAUUUUAUUUUUCGUUAAUUAAAUUCCUCCUGAAUGUU